UAUGUAUAUACACACACACACGCACAUCCAGUUUGAAUCAUAAAUCCACAUACAGCUCAACUCUCACGUUCAAGGAUUAGUAGAUCUAUCUGCAGCUAGCUAUGGAUAAGUGUCGGCAGAAGAAGCAAUCCAAGUUUAGGAACUACCCUCUUUGUGAAGAAGUGAGCAGUAUUGAAUGGGAGUUUGUGAACAUGACUGAGCAAGAAGAAGAUAUCAUCAAUAGAAUGCACAAGCUUGUUGGGGACAAGUGGGGUCUGAUAGCUGGGAGAGUUCCAGGGAGGAAAGCUGAGGAGAUUGAAAGAUUUUGGUUGAUGAGAAAUAGUGAGAAUUUUACUGAUAAAAGGAGGGAAUAUCAUAGGAGACAAAAGGCUUAGAUCUUUUUAUAUUCCCUUUUAUCUACUCCAUGUUGUUUUUUUAAGGUUAUUUUAAUUAUUUAUGUGUCCUUUGUUAUAUUAGUAGGGGUAGUGGGGGUGCAGUUGUUUUGGGUUCUUUUUCUAUUCAUCUCUUGUUGUUUUCUUAGUGACUGCCCCAUUGUUUGUAUGUUGCUGGUUUUUAUGAAAGUUACAUAUGAUUGAAAUUGCAA